GGCCGAGUGAGUGGAGUAAAAAAACGAAUAGAAAAAGAGCUAAAUUAUUUGUGUUUGCGCGCUUUUUUUUUGUUCUUGCUUAACUACUACAAUUUACAAUAACAUUUUGUUGGUGUAACAGAAUUUGUUAAUGAAAAAAAUUAAAUAAUAUAAAGAAGCAAAGAAUGAAUAGAAAAACCAAUAAAUAAAGAAAUGUUUAAUUAAAUAGAAUAAAAAAGAAACUUAAAUUUAAACAAAAAAAAUUGUAAAAAUGAAAAAAAUUAACGAGUCAUUAUUAAAUGAGUCUAUUGUUUAGCAAGAGUGAGCUAGACAGCAAGACAUUUGUGGACAAGAAAUAAGAGUGAGAUAAAAUUAGAGUGGAAAAAAUUGAUUUUUUUUCUUUCUGCUUUUGAUGGACCAUUACACAAAAAAACAAAAGUGAUUUACAAAAUUGCAAAAAAAAAACAAACGUAAAUAAUAACAAAUAAUAAAAUAUCUAUAAAAUUAAUUAAAAACUGAAACACAAAACAAUUUCGUUUGUCGAAAUUAUUGUAUGAGAUGUCCGUGGAUGGUACACAGGCGGUUACGGUCACUGUAAAAGUGGAUGAUUCUAAUUCAGCCGGUGGUUCAGCUUCCAGCAAGUGUCAAAUGUCUUCCUUAACUCCACGUUUUACCCACGAAGAAAAGGAAAUUCUGUAUACGUUGUUCCAUCAGCAUGAGGAAGUUAUUGAUAUAAAAUUUCGCAAAAAGCAAAGAUCAAAGUAUUCGGUACGCGAUGCCUGGGAGCAAAUUGUGCGGGAAUUUAAUUCGACACCAGGUGUUAGUGCAAUGCGUAAUCUCAAGCAGAUACAAAAGUUUUGGCUAAAUGCAAGACUCCGAAAACAAUACCCUUUCCGCAGUAAUCAAAAAAACCAAAACACAAGUAACGACAGCAAUGGCAGUCUGCAUAUGAAAGACGAUGAACAACACCAUCAUGUCAUCAAAGAUGAGCCCGAAUUUCACAUGUCCAACAAUGAAAACUCCGAACAAAAUGAACAGGCCGAAUCGUUUGAAGAAAUGGAAAUGGAAACGAGUGGCGUCAAUGACAUCGAUGAUGACCCUUUAGAUGCACAACAACAGCAGCAGCAACAACAGCAGCAACAACAACAGCAGCAACAGCAUCAUCAACAACAAUUGCAGCAGCAAGUACAGCAAGCGGCCACCAUACAUACGCAACAAAUCAGCGUAGAUCAAAUAUCGGCAGAGAAAUUAACGCUCAAUGAUUUAUUACAAUUUAAGACCACACGACCCCGGGAGGAGAUUAUUCUACAGAUAAAACAUCCAGCUGAUGCCACGGGAGCUCAAAUCACCAUACCUUCACCCACACGCAUUACCAUACCCAGCCAUCAUCAGCCGCAACAGCACACUAUGGCCACCAUAACGGCCAAUGGUUUUAAUCAACAGAUUAUUAGUGAAAUCAAACCGCAACAGAUCACACUGGCUCAGUAUCAGGCACAACAACAGCUGCAGCAGCAGCAAUUGGCUCAACAGCAGCAACAGCAAUUGGCCCAACAGGCACAGCUGGCGGUGCUGCAGCAGCAACAACAACAGCAGCAGCAACAGGCUGCAGCAGCCGCCGCUGCUGUUGCCCAACAGCAACAUCAGCAGCAGCAGCAACAACAGCAGCAGCAACAGCAGGUCAAAAUGCAGCUACAAACACCCACCACGCAAUUUGCCACCGCCACACCCACCUUCACCUUCAGUGCCUUGCCAACAGCGGCAGUUGCCACCAGUCAACACAACAACAACACCUUAACCACCAACAAUCCCAAUAUCACCACUCUAACCACCAACAAUCCCACACUGACCGCCAAUUUGGUGAGCUCAGCUGCACCAGCGGCCAUUACCAGCACUGCCCAGGACAGUUACGAGGAGAAAAUCAAUUAUUUUAAACUCAAAGAAGCUGAACUGCGUUACAAAGAGCAACAGGUUGCUUUAGAGAAAAAGAAAAUCGAAUUGUCGCAUGCCCAAGAUCAACUAAAACACUUAAGAGAAGUGCAUCGCCUGCAAGUGGAGGAAUUGAAAAUGAAAAUACGCAUUUUGCAGGAAGAGGAGAAGCAAUUGCAAAAGGCUACUUCCCCCCUGGGCAGUUAAAAAGAAUUUUACUCCCCCACUAUCAUAAACAAUUGUCUUAAGUUUUAAGUUUUAUUUCACUUAACAGGUAUUUUUAACAUUUUGAUUGUGUUUAUUUUAGUUUAUUUCUUUUUUUAAUCUAUUGUAAUAUUUAUAAAUUAGUUUAGGUUUUUUUUUAUAUAAGAAAAUGUUCAUGUUUAAGACAUCUUAAUGGCAAAAUUGAAAAUGUAUGUUUAACAUAACUAACAUAGAGUAUUUGUAAAGUUUACAACACAAAUAUGACAACAUUAAACAAUUUAAAAUUAAAAAAAAAAAAACAAAAUUGUACUCUGGUUUGGAAAAAGCAACAAAUAUUGGAAAAUAGUCUUUUUUUAACCUCAAAAUAUUCAUAUUUUUUGUCAGCUGCUGUAGGAAUCUUUUGUUUAUAUAUUUACAAUUUAACCACUGUCAUUUAAUCAUAAUGGCAAAAUUUAUAUGUAUGUUUAACAUAACAUAGUGUAUUUGUAUAGUUAUAUAUAUAUUUGUAAUUAAAAAGAAAAAUCAUUAAUUAAGUCAUUAAGUAAUAUAAAAAAUUUAGUUCUUUUUUUUUAAAAAAAUUUCAUUUUCCGAUUAAUGUAAUGCAAAAAUAAUCAAAAAAGAAUCAAAUAAAACUGGAUAUAAAGUUACAAAACAA